UUUAUUGGAAAAAGAAAACAAUCUAGGAGUAAAAAAACUCUUCACCGCCGAAGCUCGUCGGUGGUGCUCCGCCCGUCCGCCGUGCCCGCCUGCCCCCUGUAGAGCCUGCGUCCGCCGCGCUAGCUGGCCGGCGCCUCACCGCCGUGGAUCUGGCCUCAUCAGCCUCGCACUCCCCACCCGCAUCGUUCCCGAACCGCACCACCAACGCUCGCCGCGUGCUCCUCCUUCCGCCACCGAUUCAAUCUGACGGGACGAGAGCUGGGGGAGCACGGGCGCGUCCGAUUCGGUGCCGUCUCAUGGUGGUGCUUCGGCGGGCAUCUCUCGUCUCCGAGCAGCCGAACACGAGAGAUCCCACCCGCGGCGCCGAAUCCAUUCUGCAGUGAGAGAUGUGCAAGAUAUUGUGAAUUUGUUGCCGAUGCGUAUCUGAAGAACUUUGCAUCAAGGUUCAUUCACAUGUUCUAGUAGUUUAACUAUUUUUUUCUUGCUUCUUACAGUUGACCUGACCAUUGCUCACAUCUUGUAUGUUCAUGUCCUCUUGGAAAGAUCCUUAGUAGUGCCCGGAGCCCAUUUCCCCGCAAUCCAGUAGUCUCACCGUUGCUGGUCGGACUUUCUGUAGUGCUUCUCUAUUAGGAGGCAAAAUGAAUUUGCUUAAAUCUGAAAUCUGUUUUUUGCUCCUCUGUAUAUGGUUUAAUAUGGUGUGCCCCCUUUAAAUGAUUCAGCUGAUCAUGGUGUUCAGCAAGGUCGAAGUGAACCUGAGAAGGCUGCUUCAGGAGGCUCCUCAGCAGCAGAAUCAGGCCAAGCUUGCCCAUUACAUAUCCACAGCCAGGGAGCUAUUGGAGCAGCUUGGAGCAGAAAUUACAACUGAAGGAGUACCAAGAGUUUCGAAAGCUAAGCUCAGUGAGUAUUCAGAAAAGAUUGAGGCGCUAGCUGCCACAUUUUCUGCUCCAGUGACAGAAAAUGACGAUCCAGUUGAUGAGAUCAAAGAAGAAAGCUCUUUGGAAAGAGAAAAGGUUGAAGGUCCAAUAUCCUUAUCAGCAGUAUUGAGAAGGAGAUCAACGGCUCAGGUGGAAGCUGGUACAAGCAAUAAUGAGAGGAAAGAGAGGGACACUGGAGCACCUAUUAAAUUGGAUUCAGAAGCUCAGGCUCACAUUGAGAAGCAUAGGAACCUGCAAGACAGUCUGAUAGACGAAAUGGUUGACUUAGCACGCCAGCUGAAGGAAAGUAGCCUUGUAGUGAACCAAUCCGUGCAAGAUACAGUGAAGAUCCUUGAUUCCACUGAGAGAGCCAUGGAGCAUAGCUUGGCAAGCACCGGGAGCGCAACGGCGCGAGCCUCUGAGGUCUACUCGCUGGCCUCCAAGACAACCUGCUUCCAGUGGUUGCUCAUCUUUCUGAUGACCUGCAUGUUCGUCAUGGUGGUUAUGCUCAUACGGGUCACCUGAUGUCGUUCGCCGCGACCACUGAAAACACUGUCAUCAAUAGCCGUUAAGAUUGUACAAUCUUCUAAAUGAUCCUUCUGAACAUAAACACGAACCAGUGUUCCGGAAGGAGCAUUGCUUCUCACUGUCAUUGUGCAGUUCGCUGAAGAAAGAUGCAUCGGCACUCUGUGCACCCAGGUAACUGUCAAGUUUCAGAGAACUCUGAAUAUUGUGGCUUCAGAAUAUACUUAAACUUGUUCUGCAUUGAUAUAUUAGUCAAGAGUAUUGAAAACAUUCUUCGUCCU